UGAUGUUCUUGUAUAUGUAUGUUUAUGGCACGACAUGACGGCGACAUGAAAUAGUAGUUUCUAUUCCACUCUGUUUUUAGUUUUGUAUUGUAAGGUCAAAUCAUAAGAAUAUUAUAAUUUUUAAGUGUGCAAAAGAAAACAAUAUUAUUGUUGAAAUUUGCUGAGCCCAAAGAACAAGACCAGAAUGUCCGGAUCAGAAAUGUUUCUGGUUUUAUCCGUAUGUUUGGUUGUUUCAUUUACACCAUCAAAUGCAUAUUCAAAGUAUGGACGAACAUGUAAAGAUAUUGGUUGUUUAAACAAUGAAGUGUGUAUUAUGAAAGAAGAUCCUUGCACGUAUAGUUCAAAUGAAUGUGGAAGGUAUCCAACUUGUGAGCGUACAAGCAGUUUGUCUUGUUCUACUUUUGAUUGUCCCCCAGGGCAACAAUGUCAUUUAGAAAAUGGUCAACCAAAAUGUGUUAGCUCCCGAAGUGUUGCAUCUCAUGUUCCACAGAGUAAUAGUGAUAAUAAUCCUUCUGCACCUUUGUAUCCUGGCCUACAACCAGAUGGUACCACUUCACGUCCACGAACUGGAGUUGUGCUACCUAGUGGUCCUGGAUACCAGGGAGGCCAACCUGGUUCAGGAUAUCCAGGGGGAAGUCCAGGAUCUGGUUAUCCAAGUGGUAAUCGUGGUUCUAAUUAUCCAAGUGCAAAUACUGGGGGAUCUCAAUAUCCAUAUGGAGGAGGAUAUCCAAAUCAAGGCUACCCUAGUCAAGGGGGUUAUCCUAAUCAAGGAUACGGUGGAAGUCAAGGAGGAUAUCCCAACCAAGGGUACGGUGGACAACAAGGGUAUGGUGGCUAUGGAGGACAGCAAGGUUAUGGUGGGCAACAAGGUUAUGGUGGACAACAAGGUUAUGGUGGACAACAAGGAUAUGGAGGACAACAACAAUAUGGAACACGAUAUGGAAAUCAACCACCUGCUAAAGGAACUGGAAAUAGUUUCACUGAUCAACUAACAAAUGGAUUAAAAGUUGUAGCAGGUAAUGUUUUUAAAGAUUAUUUAAGUAGAACCAUCCAAAAACAAAUUCAAGGAUAACCAAAAACAAUGAUAUUAAUAAAGACUAUAGUUAGAAAUACGUAAACUGAGUCAUUUAGUUUUUAAAUUAAUUAACACAUAGGGGCCAAUUAAAAUGCAUUUUUGUAAUAUACCAAAAAACAAAACAAAAGGAUUCCAUGACAAAUAUUUGUGAUAUCGAUUUAGACAUUUAUAAUAAACGUUGCAGCAAUCUGGGCACUAAUUCACAUAGUUCUAAUUAUGUAAUCAUUACUCACUACCGCUUUGAUAAUUACGCCCAUAUGGCUUUGUAUCCGUCACCUUAACGAUUCAUGCACUAAAAAGAAUGACUGUAAAAUUAUCGGUAAAAUUCAAUGAAAAAAAAUUAUCAAAACACUACUUUACACUUCAUUCAAUACCAAUAUUCGGCAUACUUUACUCAACCAGAAAAUUGCUAGGUGUAUCUUCACCCACAAAGAGACCACAAAAGUACAAAGAAUUUCGACGGACUAAUUUUAAUUAGUUAAAAUAAUAUUUAAAAAAAGUUUUAGGUUUAGUUUUUUGUGGUUCACACGCAUAAAUUCAG